AUGAAGGAAAUACUAUUCCUAGCCACGUAUUGGUGUUACUUCACCAUUAUUGUCUCUUCCCAAUCCGCACAACCACUUCGAUACCUACCCCAGCUCGCUGAACCAACUCCACUCCACGCUCAAUACAAACGCAUCAUCCCAAUACCAGAUUCAACAGCAUCGCCAGGCACCACAGAAACAUCUCCAUCUGAUGAUUUUCUUCUCUCCACACCCGCAUCGUCACCAUCCACUCCACUCCCCAAUCUGACCCUCAACUCCCAAAUCUUCACCGCCGCACCCCCGGAAACAGUCUUUCUCUUCUCAGGCACCAUCCUCGCCGAAUCCCACCCCAUAACUCUCUCCCUAACCAGCAAAAGCUGCACCCUUAAUCCCAUAAUCUCCAUCACCGCCUCCAUCACCCAUCUCCCCGAACUCGGCAUCAUCAGCCCGGGCGUAACCAGCACAUUCGGCACAGUCCGGUGCAUGGUUUUCGGCAGCGGCGGUCGCUCUUCAACGUACUCUGCUCAAGGCACAGGAGGAUGGGGAGAUGUUCGUGGGCGGCCAGGGCUCGUGUGGACGUUUACGGAUGCUUUGAUUCCUGGGGGACAGACGACGCAGAAUCCGUGGGAAAGUGGGACGGCGUUGUGGAUUAAUCCGAUUCCGACGACGGUACCAAGGUUUGUGGUUGAGGGGAAUAGAACGGUCCAGUUUGGCGGGACGGUGACUUUGAGGAGUGAGGUUGUGAGUGUAACGACUGAUGAGAGAGGGACGGGGUGGUUGGUUGCGGGUAAGGCUUCGGCUACGGUGCCAGGAUGGCCGUUGAUUACGAAGGGGCCGGUACUGGGGAGUGAGAUAAAUGGUGCAUAUCCGCUUGAUGGGAUGGCUGCUGGAGGGGCGCAGUUGAUUGAGACGGGGUGUUGUUCGAUCUGCCGGAAUGCUUCUCAAGCGACGACUGCCACGACAAAAUCGAGUGGUGGAAGGUUGACUGCGGAAGCAUGUCGCAGCUGGGAUUUAUGGUUAUCUGUAUGGGCAUUGGCCGUAGUCGUGGUGCCAUGGUGA